AUGAUCGUCCAUGUUUUCACUGUGCUCUGUAAUUCUGACGCUGCUGUUGUUCCUUGGUGGACCUCUAGGGGGAGCAGUAAGGGCAAAGAUAUCAGUACGAUAAAGUCCCUCCGUGUGCUGAGGGUGCUGCGUCCUCUGAAGACCAUCAAGCGACUCCCCAAAUUAAAGGCUGUGUUUGACUGCGUUGUCAACUCUCUGAAGAACGUGCUGAACAUCUUGAUCGUCUACAUGCUCUUCAUGUUCAUCUUCGCCGUGGUGGCCGUGCAGCUCUUCAAAGGCCGAUUCUUCUUCUGCACGGACGAAUCCAAAGAGUUUGAGCGGGACUGCAG